CGACAUUGCUGUUUAGUAAAGAUAGAUGUAGAACUUACGAAUGCACGAAAUCAGGGUUUCGACUCGGACAAUGCAUACCGGGGCAAGUUUCCCGAUCUAGACCACCGGUGACGUGUUAUUUCUGAAUGACCUUGAUGCGAAGGCAGUCAAGGCCAAGACAUACAUAAUCUCUCUAUAUGUAUCUGUGUCUUAUGUAAAUAGGUACUCAGGCCCAACCAAAAGAACAAACAUACCUACAUGUAGGUAGACAGUUUAUUCCUCACCCUUCUCCUACCAAGAAUCUAUCUUUAAUCUAUACUUUCCAUUCUUACAGCUUGAUCCACCCAGAUAGUUCAAAAGUAUAAUCGAAAAUGUCGUCUCCUAGUCCUUUAGGAACAGGAUCUAGGUCCCGCCAGGGUCGUCGUCGCAGCCGUAACCAAUCCCGACGACAGGAGGCUACCGCGCCACAGCCAGAACCGCAGAAUCAGCAAUAUUCAGAUGAGGAUGAAAGUGCCGAAGAUGCCGAAGCUGCACCUCAACCACAACGACGACGGCGUCAACGCAAUCAGCAGACGCAGCAGCAGCAGAGCAGAAGUCCGCUCGGUGGUAUUGGCGGAGGUGGUGUUGGCGGCGUCGAUCAGCUGCUCCCCGUCAAAAACGUCGGCGAAACGGCAAACAACCUGACGAACUCGGCUACCAGUACAUUGGGCAACGUUGCUGGUGGUGCUCUCAGCCAAGGCGGCGGCGGCGGCGGCGGAGGAAAAUCUGACACUCUACGUCUCAGACUUGAUCUCAAUCUUGAGAUAGAGGUCACAUUAAAAGCGAGGAUCCAUGGUGAUCUGGAGUUAGCUUUGCUGUAAGUGGCCUAUUUUCUUAUUAACUACUCUCAAAUUUACCAUAGACACUUUCUAUUAAUCACUACUAUCGAUCGGAUGCUCCGUUCUUGAAUUUUCUAAACUCUUUCUAUCACCGUUGCCAAUAGUGUAGUCGGCGUGCACACUAUGUGUUCCCGUCAUAUUUGACGUUCAGUUGUUCUGAUACGUUUUCUAAGGGACACUGCUUGAGCAUGACGAAAAUGAAAACAUUAUUGUAUUUUGGCUAUUUGGAUUUUUGAAGAAAUAAAAACCGCUGCUUCACGCGAAUGGAAGGCCCAAGAUGAUUCUAUAUGUACCUAUACAUACCUCCGAUCAUUUAAAUGUUGACUCUAAAUGUUUAUCAUGUAUGCCAAUCAUGGCAUUUGUCAACUACUUCUAGUAGAACUCGCUAAUAUUUUUAGUAACGGAUAAAGAACAAGCUGAU